GCGCUUGCUAUAGGUUUCUGCACAUGUCCCUUCGUCCGCCUACAUCCGUUUAGAAGGUGCCCAAAGCGUUCUCAAACUGAGGACGGUGGCCUAGAGGUACUUUGUUUCAGUAUGGUGGCGUUGCUUCGUUGUGGGCAAGAAGCCUGUCCGUUGGGCUGCCCUCUCGUCAUACUGUGACCGUGGCGUCCGAGCUUGCUGUCUCUGCUCUGCGCGGCGCAGGACUUGUCACGCACUGGCUGCAUUGGGGUUAUGUCCGCAGGCGUUUUCCUGUCACACACCGCUGUUAUCGAUACGCCUUCAGUACUAUAUGAGAUCCGCUUCGACGCGGCUUCGACGCCUGACCCACGCGAAUAGGGAGCCUUGCAUGCACAGCAGGCUCCUGGGGCGCGGGGCUGUGGCUGCCGCCGUCGCCAGCGCGGUCCAGCUGGAGGUCGAGCGGGCCGGCAGCCCUGGCCGUGUUGGUGCAGCAGCUGGCCAAGAAGUUUUGGGCGAGGCGCCCUCGGCCGGUCCUGGGAGAGCACGGACCUCCCGCGCACCGUUGUGCGGUCCGGCAGGGAGGACGGCUGCGGCGGCAACCUCACGGGUUACGUGGUGUCCGGGGCGGGGAUGGUCUGGACCGACUUCGAGAGGGUGACCGCAGAGAAGCUGGCGGACUGCCGCUCGAGGUG